AUGGUCCCGUUGUUUGACCAAGCUGAUGUCAGUAUCGGCAUCACACUGCAGCAUAGUGACUAUAUUUUCAUUGCCAUAGCAUGUCUUUGGGUAUACGACUUUGCUCUCACCCUCGAUAAAGAUGAAUUUUACAACCUGGACUUUCCCUCAAGUCCUGCACAACUUUGUUUGCACUUAACUCAUAGGAAUCGAACUGUUUUGCGCAGAAUUACUCUUUACGUGGAGAGUUUGGGCGGUGAUGGGUCACAGAUGGCUGAUAACAUGUUGCAACAUUGUGUGGUGGUGACACUUACAUUAUCCGACUCUUCCUCUGCAGUCAUGCAGUCACCUAUUCCAAAAGUCGCAAGUUGCUACAACAGCAAGCAGAGUCUCAUUGUCAUCGUAGCCUAUGUUUUGCUCGUCAUCACAGAAAUAGAAAUCCUCAGUUUCAUGUUAUACCACUCGUGGAAUGAUUAUAGAGAACAUGGAAACGAUGCGCCUCUUGUACGGGUCCUGGUCAGACAUAACAUAUUUUACUUUGCCUGUGGACUUGUAUCUUCCACCAUGGCCGUGGUUGCCGUGGUUGCUCUUCCCGCAUCGUACGCAGAUGCGGUAUCAGAAAUACUAGCGACAUGCAUGCACCGCGAGCUGUACAACACAGCCCACCACACUGAAGAGACUUUCACUGGGAAUGUGUCCCUUCCUCUUGUUUUUGCACCAGCUUUGUCGGAGGUGUAA